GCGUGAAACAAACUCUGGGAGCCCGCAUCGCUCGCGCGCAUUUGGGGAUGGAGUUUGGUUGUCGGAACCGCCACGGUGUGUCCAGCUCUCAAUUCGUGGCCCUCCGACAACGCCGUAACGGUUCGAGUGCAGUCAAGGGAUCGUCCGCAUCUCGCGAGGAUCGAGUUUGAGUGAAGCCAUCAUCAUAAUCAUCAACAUCAGCAUCAUAAUCAUCACCAUCAGCAACAUCAUCAUCAUCAUCGUAAAGGGCAGCUUCUGACGUCGAUCUCUACACGCGGGCAUUUAAACGUGGACCGCUGCUCACAGACACGUGCCUCAACUUAAUCUCUUACCUUUAUCGCUUUGUCUUCUAAGCUACGAUAGCCAGGUAUUAUUUGACACACGUCUAGAAAAUACGUGCAAAACAACGGCGCUUGGGAUAAUCAGGGAUAUAUGUGUGUGUGUGUGUACUGUGUGGCUGGCUAACUGCGGGGAGAGGCACUCGAGAAAAUUUGCGUUAAAUCUGUGCGCGGUUGUUAUUUAAGCCGAGAGCUAUCGCGCGUGGCGCACACACACACACACGCCGCUACACAACACCGCCACGCAGACAAAGACACCGACAACACAGCCUCGACACACCACGACCGACACGCUAUCUCGUGAGACAAGGGAGAGAGAGAGAGACGGCUAAGAGAGGGAGAGAUUAAGAGUAGGAGGUAGAGAUAGAGAGACGGACAGGGAAGGAACCUCCAUCGCCAGCACGAGCCUCGCGGCGCGCUUCUCGUUCACGCGCACCGCGCACAGCGCACACGCGCACAGUCUAUCGUAGCGCGGCAGGAGGGGAGAGUGCGAGAAGGGGGGGGAGCUGAGAGAGCUGAGAGAGAGAGGAGAGAGGGAGGGUAGGAGAAAGGCACCACCAGCCACAACAGCAGCAGCAGCAGCUCGCGCGCGCGCGCGCAUCACCCGUCCACUCCGCUCGCACCGCGCCACGCACAACACCCGACCAUGAACUUCUUCCGUCUCUUCGAGAGGAAGAAAAUGAGCUGCCCGGUGGCGACGCCUGCCAAGGGCAAGGCGACGGCCAAGGGAGGAGCGCCCAAGGCCCCCGAGCCGCGGAGCAAGGAGCCGGCCAAGGAGACGGCGCUUUCGCUCCCUACGCCUCCUCCACCACCGCCGCGCAGGCUGAGCGAAGACGAGCGGCGUAUCGUGAUCGAGUCGUGGAGAGCCUUGCAAGACGACAUCACUCGGGUCGGGGUCAUCCUGUUCGUAAGGCUGUUCGAGACGCACCCCGAGUGCAAGGAUUCCUUCUUCCAGUUUCGCGACAUCGAGGAUGUGCAGCGGCUUCGGCUGAGCAAACAGCUCCGCUCCCACGGGCUCAGAGUGAUGUCCCUCAUCGAGAAGACCGUGGCCAGGUUGGAUCAAGACACCGUUCUGGAGCAGCUGAUAUUCGAGCUGGGCCGCAAGCACUACAAGUACAACGCUCCUCCCAAGUACUACGAGUUCGUGGGGGCUGAGUUCAUAUCGGCCGUGAAACCUGUGCUGGGGGAUCGGUGGACUCAGGACGUGGAUGACGCAUGGCAGGCCCUCUUCAAGUACAUCACGACGAACAUGGAGCGCGGCUUCAGGGAGGAAGAGUCCGGCUUCGUGCUGGGCACGGUCGCCGGCGGCGACAGCAUCGGCGACAAGAACGCCAGCGUCGUGGACGAGGCCAAGAUCAACGCCGACGCCGCCACUCAAGAUCCGGCGAACUGAGCCGAGGCCCCCCGCAAAAACACCACCAUCCCCCACCACCACCACCCCCCCCCACCCCCCCCACCACCCCCCCCCCCCCACCACCCCCCCACCACCCCCACCCCACCACCACUCCACCACCACCCCAACGCCAACCCUGACACCGCGCCGGUAUUCAGUCCCACGCAGUUUUACGAGUGCCGGUAACGACUUAGGGCUUGAAUAUCUCGAUUUGAAGCUUUCGUGACUGCAAGGAUUCAUAUUCUUAGGUUUUUUUUUACGUGACUUUACCGAAAAAAAACCUAAGAACUUGAAUAUCUCACCGAACGUUUUUGUUGUUUGUCGUCGUCUUUAACCGGGCUUCUGCCGUGUGACCGGAGCGAGUAGGCACGCGACGAGUGGCCGCGGCCACAGCGAAAGGUUUACUGGACGCGGUGUCCCGGCGGGCGUAAUUGUUGUUCGUGUCGCUGACCCUCCUGGCAUGAAGGACGAGGAUGUGGGGCCGUGGGGGAAGGGGGGGCCCGCGUAUUCAGGGAUUGCGGAUUGAGUAGACCCGGAGGGGUGGCAUUGUUGGACCUCGAGGGGGGCAGGGAGGGAGAAGUACAGAGCGUGGGGGGGGAGGGGGGAAAUCGUCGAUAAGUUGUUCGAGCAAAACGAUAAAAACACAGCGUAGCACCUCGCGCACGCAACGUGACGGGGACAAUAUCGUCAGGGGCUGCAGCCAGAGCGUCGUGGUCCUACUGUUGACCCCUUUUUUUUAACACCGGCAACCAUCAGGCAAAUUGUGGGCACGUGCGCACCUACGAGGGUGAGUCGAAAAAUGUUUCCCCUGACCCCGCGGCACAAUGUCGUUGGCACGGGGCCCUGGUACAAGGGAUUGAUGAGGCCCUCCUCACUGUCAAAUGACCCCUCCGUCUUCUUAGCCCGGCACCUGGGCACCCCACAGCCAGCCCAUUCGCCGUGUUGCAGUUGCACAGCCUGCACACCCGAUAUUCUGUGCCACGACCAUCGGCAUAAACAGUGGCGCUGUGCCAGUGAAACUCGGCACAGAUGUUGCACGGGAGCCCUGUUCUACGUCAACCCUCGCUCAAUGGGAGGUCGCUCCUGCUCCUCUGCUGCCCCCACAGUCUGGACUUCCUGCUCCCACUCUCUGCCAUCCGUGUUGCAGACUCCCUGCCACUGUUCCACUCCCAAGGCUCAAGACAUUCCUUUUCACCUCUGCCUAUGAUUGACGUCCUCACUCUACUAAAGAAAUAUGACGACUGUUUCUGUAGAUCGUCCUGAGAUUCGGUCACGUUUAGACGCUGUAAUAGUCCACGUUGUGAUAUUUGUAGGUUCUAGGCCGUGCCAUACAUUUUCCCCCCAGCAAUGGGUGAGUUUCCUGAUGACAUUUGAGUCGAACAGUAGUCAUGUGCCUGGCUCUUUAGGCCAGGUUGUGGCCCAGUAAUAGAGCCAUGACGGUCCCCAACUGCACACCAAUGAUUGCAACUCCUGUAAGAGAUAGUCUCGGAUAGAUAUACACUUUUAAAUGCCCCCGUCCCCACCCACCCAAAUACUUAAUGAAAAACUAUGUGCCACGUGUUUACCAAGUUUCACUGUCACUCAAUGAAAGUACCUUCAUGGUCGGGAAGGGGGGGGGGUGCGAAACAUUUGACCUCCUCGUAACUCCACUUUAGAUGAUCGUCGGGUAUUCUUCCAGUUCUUGUUGUAAUCGGGCACCGCUGUACAGAAUAACACACCUGGGGAGUACAGCUGGCUUUAAUGAGCACAGCCAAAUGUAGUCAGCACAUGGCUGGCAUGACGACGCGUUGCUGUGCUUCAGCCAGGUGCGAUGCAUUUAUUUUUGGAGGAUCCAACAUAAGGGUGACGUCAACAGUCGGGUCCACAAAACCUGAAUCAUGAGUUGCGUGCAACCCGGUUGCAUGCUUGGAUGCGGAACAGAUGUCUCUGCAACCAGUUCCAAGCAGUUUGCUCAAGCUGUUGAGCAACAGUGAUAGCAUGCUCGACUUUCAAGCAUCUGCUCAGCGAUUUGUAGUCGCAAAUUUCAUCGCGUGCUUGCACGUUUGCGACUCGCGAAUGGUUGUUACUGCGAUCCUGAAUGACAUGCCACGGUGCUUUCAUCGUUGGCCAAACUACUCGCUCGGCGUGUGGACAAAGCGGUUUAAGUUUGCGCGAUUUAGAGAGAUUUCUUUGCGCGACUGCUGAUCGCCCGUGUGUGUGUGUGUGUGUGGACCUGGCUUCGUGGCGAUUUUCGCACACACACCUUCACCCCCAAACACCCCCUGGCGAGUGUGAAUCUCUCACGGGCCGAACGUGCCCUGGCAGGCGUCUUCGCACGUUUUAGCGGUCGCCGUUCAUGUCUGCACACUUGCACGCACACACGCACACACGCACGCACACACGCACGCACACACACACACGCAAAUAUUCCCCCGGUAUCGCCUUUCACGGGCUGUUGGGGCAAGUGCUUUUCGCGAGCGCCUAUGAUGGCUGGCACGGCACACGACGGGGUGGGUGGCCAGCAUCACGCCCGGCCGCCUUUGUCUCCCCAGUGGCGAUGUUUACACACUGCACCAGGUAACCAUUUGAUGCUGAGUCGACCUAAGUGAGGCCCAGGACCCGUUCAGAUAAUCGUCACUGGUGUUGAACGUGAGCGGGAAUCGAACCCGGGUGUCCGGGCUCGCAGCGCAGCGCGCUAACCGCUACACACACUUUCACCGCGCUGUCCAUUCGACACCUGUGGUUUUCAGACACGCACACGCUCUGGCUGCAACUGGGCUUUCUCCUACCCUAUGCAUUGGACUAGGAAUUAUUGUGGAAAUGUGGUGAUGGCUCGGCAAAUUAAAAAUAAGCCAUGUUGUAAAGUUAGUAAUUUGACCCGCGUUAAUGGGUUCGGGUUUUCUUUCUUUUACUUUCUUACUUUCGCCAACGCUUGUAGGCAUUCCACCUCCUGAUGUAUAAGAAACCGGGGCACAUACGAAGAAGAAUGUCUCACGAUAGCGGGACUGGGUAACACUGCGUGUGAAUGCGUUGCCGUCAGUGGUGUACUUCUAUAACGCAGCUGACAAAAAAAAACCGAGACCUAUAAUGCCCCCUGGGACGACUUGGAGAUUUCCCAGGACAGUAGCAGCGGCAAGCAGCCUGAAAAUAUAGGGCCUCGUGAGAAAGCCCAGGACAAGGUGUGGCAGGCCCCCCCAUGUGGUUACGCCUGUCGCUCGCAAGAGGUAACUAAGCUGACCGUGUUCGCGUGCGUUGGCGGAAGGCAAUCAAUUCCCAGGGGUUCGUCAGGGGGUGGGGGGGGGGGGAGUUCACUCCGCGUCUCGCCGCAUUCAUUCCACCGGCUUAUUUCCAGCGCCAGGCAGCAGGAAGGUCGAGGAAGGGCAUGAGCGCCCCGCGCCUCAAGCCGCCGCCGCCACCUUAUUGAAACUUUCACUCGAGCACCUGCGCUGCGGAUACCAUUGAAGGGGCCGUUGUGAGCAGCCGGAGUGGUGGGGGGAUAGGUGGUGGUGGUGGACCAUUGGGGGGGCAGGGAGCAAGCGAGGGAUUUGCGUGAGCCUGUUGAUCAGUCGCUCACAGCCCCGACGAGUAGGCGUAAGCUAUUGGAACGUCGACGGUGUGGAAGAACGCUUAAAAAUGAUAUAACGGUUCACGAUCACCAUAUAAGCAAACACUUUAGAAGUGGCAGUAUUUGGCUUUUUUCUGUUAAAUGCGCAGCGACGAAAGGCGAAACAUUGCAAUGUGUUUGAGCAGCAAUAUUGCAUAAUUUUUAUAUUCGCAUUAAGGACCUUAAUGGGAACACUGUCUUGGUUUAGAAUUUGUGAAUUGUGUUGUAUACAUAUUUUUUCACAUCGUUCUUCAAAUGUAACGUUUUACACGGUUUAAUGUUGCCCAUAAGUUGAAAGCUCUGAAUAUAAAAUGUAACACAAACUAUAGCAUGCUUUUAUUAUGAAAAUUAAUUUCAUCGAGUUAUUCGCUCACAAAAAAUAAUUAGCGUUUUCUCAAAAAAAAACAAUCGAAGAGAAAUUCCGUGGAAUUCCUUUGUAAGAUUGAGCUCUUGGGUGAUUCACAGACCGUUGCUUGUGUGGCCGUGUCAGCCUUCAGCAGGAUUUAGAGAAAUCGUAACAGAUAUCAGAUACAUCAUAUUGACUCGCAUCAGAUUUCAUUACGGACAUUUGCAAGAGGAAUACAGUGCCAUAAGCAUGGUGAAUUGUCACGUUAAGGAAAAUUAAUUUAAGGAAUCAGCCAGAGUUUCACUUGAUAGAUUUUCUAUGUUGAUAUACAGACACGUUAUUAGCCGAGGCAGCUUUCAUUAGCGAACGCACGGGGCCGUUUAAAUGACGUUUCAUCUGUCAAUUACUCCGAGCCGUAUAUGACAGUAUUUCAAGCGUGCGUUGGAGGCGGCUGGCUACUGAAGCUGCAUUAAUUGAACAAAGGCAAUGGGAUCGACGCCAAACGACUUGAAUAGUAAAUGUGGCCAGCCCCAACAGUCCAUCACUCUCGACCAGGUUGCCCCUUAAACAAGACACGUCGUCAGGGAAGUGCCACUCCACCAGAAGACGGCGGUUGGGGUUUUUGUUGUUCUUGUUGUCAGGGCAGCAUUGUUGUUGGCUGCCCGCUCGCUAUAUUACUGAUCUUCCUCAGGGGGUGGCAUAAAAGCGCGGAUGCCUCGGCCAAGCAAAGAAAUUGGCCAUUCAAGCGGCGUGUGCCUGUCUCGUCUGCGUCUUGACCCCUUGUCAAUCAGUGGCCCGCCCUGGUCCGCUUCGCCUCGCUCUGUGCACCACACCCAUGUGUGUGUGUGUGUCUUCUUCUUCUCGGUUCCACGUAUCCAUAGCUGUCAACCCGUACGGUUUACCAGUGCCGGAUUAAGCUAGUGCGGGGCCUGUAGCAUGUGUUAUAAAGGGGUCAUUUAUUUAAAUAAAAACACAGAAAUAUUCAAACACAAUCUUUUUUUACUUGCAUAGUAAAGUAAUUGUAUUUUUUCAUUUGUUAUACAGCCAAAUAAUACGACAAGUCACUAACCUUAAACACCCAGUAUUUCAGACAAAUUGAAGGCAGUAUAGUACUAUAAUAAUAGAGCAAGUGCAGAAUCACUGAACCGGAAUUGAUAGCUUGAAAGCAUUUAGCGCGGGGCCCUUGAAAUUGCGGGGCCCAUAGCAUUUGCUACUUUUGCUACGAGGAUAAUCCGGCACUGCGGUUUACCCGUAUUCUUGUACAUGGAAAUUGAGUUUUUUUUUUCGGUCCGUACGGCGGUACGUACAGCGGGGAAAGAAAAAAAAAAGCGUCUGUCUGUUUGUGUUUCACCACCUAUGAUGGGACUUUGUGGGAUGAACGUUGAAGAUUCAUAAGGGGGCCACGGGGUGACCAAUACGGUCUGAGAAUCGGUCUGUAAUGAGGCAGGGCACCGAUAAGGGGUUGACAGGUAUACCGAUCCCGGCGGUGGCGAGCGGCACAGCCAAAUCGGCGUCAGCGAGUUCAUCCCUCCGCGCUCGACAACUGCUCUUUGGUCGAAUCGUGCCUUCUUUUGCAAAAACAAAUGGACAACGGUGCCCGCUUUCCGUGCGCAACUCAGUUCAUUGAAAACGUUUAGCAUAGAGGAGAAGAAGACGAAAGCACCGCUGUGGGAUUUAUAGCCCGUGGAUUCGUACCCGUUAGCUCUAGGGUCAUGAGCUUCGUUCGUCCAAAUAUUUAAAGUCUGUACUCUGUGUCUACGUAUCAUGCAAAUGUAACAAGCAGUACUGUGUCACUGUAAUGUAUAUAUUAUAUAUAAUGUAGUAUUUCAACGGUGGUUUUAAAUGUAUCGUAGCUUGCCGCCGCAAAGCAAACGUGAGCUAUUACAUCCCUCUGCCGCGCUUGUUCGUCACGAGUCCUUUAUGUUGUGGCGGUGUGUAGUGGCAAAAAGGCGAAAUGUGGGGGGGGGGGGGGGGGGGGUGGUUUCAGUCUCUCCGCGGCCAUUCCGACCGAAGCCCGUUUUACAUUUCACUGCGCGAUAUUCGAGGUGCGAUUCAAUUUGGCAGCGCGUGUUAAAAAAAAAAAAACUGCGUUUCGGUAAACUCGAGCGUAACCUGCUGGGCCCCCUUUCUGUUCUGACAGCUCCAUCGCACAGGAGAGGGUCAGGCAGACAGAGCUUAUUCCUCGGUGGGGUCGAUAACAGUCCUCGCAUUUAAUCACGUCCUGCAGCUAAAAUGUCCUUAAUUGGCUGAAUUGCUUAAAAUAAAUAUUGAAUGCAAGAAAAAAUAAUACGACCCUGUAUAGAUUUUUUUUCUUCCCUUUUAUUCGACUGCAAUCACUCAGCCCCGAAUGUUGCUCGAGGAAUGAACAAGAGGGUCCAUUGUUCAUCAGCAAAUUAGCACAUUCCCAUGUUUGCAUCGGCUGUGGCCAGUCGGGUUAUGUGCAAUGAAAUAAAUAACCCCAAUGUGCUGCGUCCAUCCGUGGGUAGCAAAGCAGUGCAGUUGUACUGUGCUUCUAUGCUCUCAUAUGUGCCGUGCCUUCACCAACCCGCAGUGACCAGCGCGUAGGUGAAGUGUGGUCAGUAACCCCCACGACCAUCAAUGGCAUGGGGAAUGCCCUCAAUCCAGCAGUGGAUUAACAUGACUUUUCGUGUACGUAAAAGGAAGAAAAAAAUGCACACGUUGGACAAAUUAAUUACGGACAAGGUGGGAAAAAUGUAAGCAGGCGAGAAAUUGGGCCGCUAAGUAAUUACAUGUACGCAGUUAAUUGCUUAUUUAGUUAUGGUGUAUUGCGGUAGAGCGUUUGGUGACCGGUAAACAUAAUUUUUUUUCAUUAAUUGUGCAACUGCUUGGAUAACCUUGCGUUUGAACGCGUUAAUGACAGACUGCUUACUGUGCGUCAAUAUAAACACGGUGCUAUGCUGCUCUGCUGUAGUGGACGAAGAACUGAUGGCAGUACCAAGGCAUCCCGACAAAACGGCUGUGUGCAUUUUGAAAAGCAAUAAAGAGCAUUUCAACGGGCGUGACGGUAAUCGGUUACUCGCCACGAGUAAUGUUGCUCAGUAUAAACAAUGCCAACUCUGAAACACUAUGGAGCUUCUCGCUUAAGGAGGUUGGCACUGCCCGAGGUUUCCACUGGCCAUGCGGUAAUUAAAAUGCAAUGAGUUGGGUGCCCUCUACUGCAUAAGCUGUGGCAGCACCGUACGUCUAAAUUGGAAGGUCAAACUUUAUCCCAUUUAUUCUUCCACAUAGAUCAGUCAAUCUUAACCACGUCUGCAGAAAGCCAUAUGCAUUCUGUAAAUGAGCAUAACUCAAUAAAACAAAAGUUGCAGUUUUA